ACUGCCGACGGGAAUUGCUCGUGCAGCGUGACAAGUCAUGUCCUGCCACCGGACCCGGCCAGUCUCUGUAAGUCACCAAGCCAUUGUGACGAGGGCCGCUUUGCAGGAGGAGGCUAUCACCGCCAUGGCGCAUUCCAUCUCCUAUUUCUCACCUACCGACAUCCCGCGAAUCCCAAACUCUUAAUUCUCGUUGAGAAACGUCGCACAAGACAGCGACCACGGUAGGAAAUACUAUGGCCGAAAGCCAAUCCCGAAGCACAGGGCCACUCGGCUCGUUCCAGACCUCCCUUCUCGUCAGCGUCGAAACGGGUGGGUGACCGGGGGCGUUUCCUUCCUCUCCCAGACCUGCGGGCCAAUGCGACCCGGCCCUUGUUGAGCGGCGGCGCAAGCGAUUCGCCCGCCGAAGCACUCGCCCGCAUUGGGAGAGCUGCAGGAUAGAGUUCGUCCGUCUCGCUCGGGUGCGCGUGAACCCUCUUACCUCUGCUCUCAGGCCAGGGUCUCGACCGUGCUCCCCCAUCACGGGACGCACGCACACUUGCCUCGUGUGUGUUGGCUCACCCUCGGGGCUGCCAGACGGAUUGUUGUAUCUGUGUCUGUGUACUUGUGCUGUAUAAGUCAGUUGACUUGCCAAGGCUAGCUUCCCCGUCGUCGCCAAUGUUCAUCUCACGAUACACGACAGUCAAGCUGUGGCGCUUGUCCAGAUAAUUUUCUCUUGGCUUGUUGGUUCCAAAUCGGUGAUGUAAUCAUUGGCCGAUGUGAGGCCAUUCGCGGAAGACCUGGCGGCAAGUAUAACGCACACACGGCCACACGCGCGCCGUCAGCCAGCCAACCACCACACAUGCCGCUGCCGCUGCCGGUCUUGGGAAAGCAGCUCACGCAACAAUGAGCGCCGCCUGCAGAUAGUAUGCCCUCUCGACUGUCGGCCGAUUGACACGUCAGAGCACAGCAGAGCCGCACAGCAAUGACCUUGGGCGACCUCCCGCAUUCCCUUCCCCACAAAUAUGUACCUCGUGCUGCUGGCUUGCUGCCCCUCCGCCGAAUGUGCUUAUUCAGUGUCGUUAUGACCAGCCUUUAUCGUCACAUCAUCACAUCGGGCUCACUGGCAUUGCUGCAGCAUCUUGCUCACUCAUAACACGCCUCUGAAUAAUCAAACAAGUCUUGUAUCAGCCUCAUUUUCCCUGCAGUCGGGCAAGAGCCGAGUCUCCCACCCCGUGAUUAGCAACCUCGGUCAACACCUCGUCGUCGAAGCGGGAAAGGACCACCUCCCAGAAAAGAAGCAUCUAGGGACAAGCCUCGCUUCCAGCAAAGAUACAAGGGGCAGGGGGGAAUUUCCAAGGAUCUUUUUCAGCAUCUUUGACUCGAAAUCCAUCACCAUGAAAGCCAGACGGCGUCCUCCUUGCCAUUGAGUUGUCAUUCUGGAAGCGCCCGAUUAGCCCGCCCUCGCCAUCCUACAUGAUAUGAGCCCCCACCGCGGCCGUAUUCUAGCUCAGUGAAACGACAAUACAUAUUCGACGACCAGCAAUGGACUGGGACUUCCUUGUCGGGGCGCCAAUGCCCCCUCAGAGCCAACUGCUCCAUGGGUGUUUUCUCGAGGCCGACAGGGCAGAUCGGGUUGCCCAAGGCCUCGAUGCUCUCCGCCAGUCCCUGGCUCACUCUUUCCACGGGCCCAUGAUCCUGCUCGCCGAAGAGAUCUGGCAGUCCGGGCGGGUGCUCCGCGAGCUCGCCGACCGCGGCCACGUGCACGCGUCCCGGGCGGCCGCCGUCGCGAACCACCUCAACGUCGUCCUGCCGGGGCUGUCCAAGUCGCUCCGGGACAUCGCGGGCCACUACGACGACAAGACGGUGACGCGCGAGCUGCGGUGGCGCAGGAUGUACCACGAGAUGAAGAAGGAGGCCGACGGCAUGGAGCUCCUGCACCGGUUCCAGCUGUACAACCGCUUCCUGUCGCUGCUGGUGGGCAUGCUGGUCCGGGGCGGCGGCGACAAGGCUGCGCCGGGGGUACCGGCGGUGGCGCCGCAGGACCGCGUCCAGGCCGACGUCCUCCGCGCCAAAAUCAUGGCCCUGCGCGACAGGCAGGGCCUCCCCGCGCCGACGCAGUCGCCCGUCGCCGAGCAGCACAUGGCCGUGGUCCCGCUGUCGGCGCGCGAGAGGCCGCACUGGGCCGAGCGCGUCUUUGCACACCCGCCCAGCUCGCACACCGACAUGCACGAGCCGCAGCGCUCCCAGGCCCGGGGGCCCUUCAUACCUGCCGCCGCCGCCGUAGGUGGGGCUGGGCCCGGUGCUCCCCGGCUGCCCGACGCCGCGAGGAUACUGCUCCGGAGGUCCUUCGACGGGGACAGCCUGGGCCUGCUGCUCAUCAUCAACUCGGCCGACGGCGGGCCGUAUUUCGUGCUGCGGGUGUACGCCGGCGGCCAGCAGCUGUUCUCGUACCGCGGCAUACACGAGAUAUGUGUGGAGCAGGCCGGGAGCACGCUCAGGCUCAAGAGGUGGAGCCAUUCUAUCCAGGGGCCUAAGCUGUGGGCUGUUCUGAGCUUCGUCACCUGGGAAGAACUGGUCCUGUUCCACUGCACCUUCAUCGCCCUGAAAGCUCGAAACAACCUGACCGUCAGCAUGGAUCCAAGGGAAUACAGAUUCCCCAAUGAGACGCGGCUGUUCCAAGCACAAAUCAUCGACGACGACUACCAGCAUUCCUUGGUGGUCUACAAAGACGACCGGACGCGAGGGAUGCGUCUCCACGCCGCGGUAUGGGACGGCGAGUUGAGGGCUUGCCCUGUGUGGACUGCUUUCGUGACCCACCAGUCCACCUCUAGCCGCUGGCUCACCCGAAAGUCCAAGCACUGCGUCUGGAUCAACGAGAUCAAGCUGUACGUCUUCUGCGACAAGUACAAGGAGGCCAACAUGCGGCGCAACAAGGUCGGCGCGUUCGAGAUUCGUUUCGUCAGCGACGAAGCCGCCGGGCGCUUCAAGGAGGUCUUCUACCCGGCGGCCGCCUCUGAGCCUCCGGGCGACGGCGAGUGAACCACCGAAACCCCUCGCCUAAACAAAUCCCCUCUAGCACAAUACCUCUUGGGCCGGGGGCUGCUCUUCCCCCGUCCACUGUGCAUAUUCCCCAAAACCAGGGUGGUCAACCGAAGCCACCCCCUGACGAUGAUCUGCUUACGAUGAUGUAUGAUGCAUGAUGAACGACUGAGCCAGCGUUUGUGAUUCACUCUGUUUACGGUGAUUUUCAUGAUUACGAUUAUGAUUUUGUUCCGAGCGAGGCGCUAGGGACUUACAAAAGAGAAGAGUCCAGAAUUUCCAACUCGAAGGGCGAGUCACAGAUUGCAUGAUACCCUACUCAAUUGUUUUGGAUCUGUCUCGCCUCAAUUGCUCUAUUUGCAGCCGAACAAUGAGGCUUUGUCUUCCGUCUCUAGCUCUUGGAGAUACGAGUCCGCAUGAGGUGACGUUGUGUGGGACUUGAAAAUCCCAAAGGAUCAUUAAGGUUUUGUAAGGAUCCAUAUUUCGGGGGAGGGGCUGAAAAUGUAUGAGGUCUCUUUCUACAACCAAACACUUUUAGUUGUCGUUUUCAAAUUCACGCGAGAUGGCUUGCAAGUGAACAGUGUCAUGCCUAACCAAUUAUGCCUUUGAAACUAAUUGUAUUUU